AUGGAUGGUGACAAAGAUUAUCCGCCGUUAGAAGCUGGUCUGGAGCCUUUUAAUGAUGCUGAUGAGCAAACGACUGGAAAACAAAGUGUACCGGAAGAUGCGAAUGAAUCCCUAAAAACGGAUCCUAAAACCACCGAUAAUGAUAUCAAUGCUGCGAAUCUUUAUCUUUACAACCAACUUUCCACACAGCCUAAUUCUGGUGGGACAAAUACGCGAGAAGUCUCUACAAUAGAAUUAACAUCUAAUGACAUAGAGAAAGGGCCACAACCGACGAGUUCGGCAGCGGAGUCGCUGCCGCAGGGUUCAAAGUUGUCUAUUCAGCCCAUACAAGGCCAGCAAUCGCAAGUCAUAAUAGACAAAUAUCACAAAGAUCUUCGAGAGCAGCUGCAAAGUAUGUACCCUGAAACUUCCGACCCGGCAAAAUCUAGGAUACCUGGCACAGCAGUACCAGAACCCACUGAGCAACCCUUCUACGUCAAUGCUAAACAAUACUACCGAAUAUUGAAAAGAAGGUAUGCGCGCGCAAAGCUAGAAGAAAAUCUCAAAGUAUCGCGCGAAAGAAGACCCUACCUGCAUGAAUCUCGACACAAGCACGCUAUGAGAAGGCCCCGUGGGCAAGGGGGUAGAUUCUUAACAGCGGCUGAGAUCGCAGAAAUGAAGAAAACUGAGACGAAGAGCCCUUAUCCGGCGGAGCAGCAGAAAUCGACCUCCGUAGUUCCUGAUGGUAACGCUGAUCUCGCCGACGGGGAUGCAGAGGAGAGCGAUACAAUUGAGCAGCAAUGA